AUGUGCAUGAACAACGAGUCCGAAACCUUACUAGUCACGGCAUACGAUGUUCUCCAAGACAUAAUAAUGCUGAUAUUAAACCGGUCGUGGUAUGUCGUUGAACCAGAAGAUGGUCCUGGUGUACUCUAUAACGUGGCUCAUAACGGCGUUUCUCUUGACACCAAGUGGCAGACAUCGAGCUAUAGUACCGCCUCCCUCUUGAAGGUUUCACGCAUGGUUAAUGAGGCUCUUUACUCUGUGUGCCCAGCGCAGCCAAUGACGCUUGAAACCGUCUCAGUACUGAAAACUUUACGGGAUAAGCUAAGGUCCGUGCCUGUGUCCACUGCGUCCAGGUCGAUCACCCCAUUGGGGUGUAAUGCUUUUAGGGAUGACAUCUUUGCCAAGCUUUUCCUAUUGUCGAAGAACACUCACUUCAAUUGGUUCACUCCGUUGGACUACGAUGCUCCUGAUAAGGAUUAUGGAUUCUUCAAGGGUAUAUUUGAGAUGCUCAUAAAGGAAUAUGGUAACUUGGCGCAUUACAGGGAGCACUUAGAGCAAGCAUGGAAACUUGUAAGUAUGGCUAUAAACAUGGUACAAGAGAGUUGCCACAGACCUGUCGAACAACUGCGUGACUACGACAAUCAAUCUAGUGACAUAAUUAGCGCCAUUGAAAAAGAGUGCACGGAACUCUAUCCGUUCUUUUUUCUACACAUGCUAGAGCAGUACCUAGAAUCAUUGGAGACGCGAAACUUUUGGUUUCUUCAAGACAACCUUUUUAGUUACUUUGAAAGCAUUCCUGUUGAGCGCUUUAUUUCUUUUCUUGAGGCAAGGAGCGGCACACUUUCAAGUUUGCUUUCAAGCUCAGCAUCUAGACCUAAUAUCACUAAUAGAUCGUCAUUAGGUUUCAUAGCACAAUGGUAUGAGGACCUUGCGCGGGUCUCACUGAGGCGCUGCAUUAUGCUGUGUACCAUCUUCAUAGAGGAAGUAUCGAUACAGGACACCCCGCCGAAAGAACUGGACGAUAAGAUCGCAAAGAUAUGUCCAAAGCGUCUUAUCAAUGAAUGGAAGUACAGUCACAGUACCUGCACAAUGGUGUCUGUGUACGAACGACUUAACGAGAUGAUGCAAAGACACGCUGUCCAGAAUAAUGAGCGACAAGCCUAA